AUGAUGACCAACAGCAGUCUCCUCAAAAUCGUGAAGACAUUCAGCAGUGACAUUAAGAUGGAGUUUGGCUUGAAAAGAGUGCUAGGGCCAUCUUCAAAAGAGGUCGCUUUACCAGUACUACCUAUAUUCAUUUCGAUAACUCUGUCACCAUCAAAGAACUGGAGCAAGAAAGAACUUACAAAUAUCUGGGGUUGAAAGAAGGAGCGGGCAUCCAGCAUGCAGCAAUGAAAGAGAAGAUAAGAAAGGAGUACGGACUCAUUAGGUUAAUACUAAAAAGCGAACUUAACGCUGGCAACCGAGUGGAAGCCAUCAACACCUUGGCAAAUUUCCCUCCUUGUAUAAGCCCAUCCUAAUAUAAGCACAAGUUCUAGACAAUUGAGAACUUUGGUGGCAUGGACCAAAAUGGCUUCAGGACAGUAAGUAAACAUGGACAACCUGGGAUAUCCCAAUGAUUACUAAAGAGACAUUAGAGAAGAUUGAAAUUGAAACAAAGGGCCCGAAAACCUUCUACGAAACCUCCAACUUGACUGGAGAAAACGUCAAUGAAGGGAAGGUUGAAAACAAAGAUAAAUCAACACCCUUUUGUCACCCCCUUGGGAAUGUAUGAAAAGAAAUACUCUUCCCUUCUUCGACUUCUUCGAAUUACGGCGUGGCUUUUAAGAUUUGUUCAGAAAGCUAGAAAACGGAAAACCUACACAAAUUAUACUAGAUCAUGUCCCACAAUUUAAGCUCGCGAAAACUGCCAUUGAUAAAGCCUGGAAGGAAACAAGUUCAAACCAUGAGGUGUAAAGUUACACUACCAAGCAAGGAAUUGAAUGGAACUUUAGAGUGGAACUGGCCCAUUGGAUGGGUGUAAGGGAGCUCUUAAGAAAUCAAUUGGCAAAAUCUGCCUGACUGAGAACAAACUUGAAACCUUUCUAGCAGAGGUGGAGGCUGUUAUUUAUUCUCCUCCACUUGUUUAAGUCAGUGAGGACUUCGGUUCUGGAUUUUCACUUACCCCAGCCGACCUCUUCCUGUCUGGAAUUCCGGUAAUUGAGACCCAUAACCCACAUCAUCCAGACUAUGGAAAGAAGAGCUCAACUGAUAAAUUACUAGAGAUCUGGGAUAAAGGUCAGCAACGCCUGAAUUCACUUUAG